AUGCUGCAGAACUGUGUCGUUUAAUUAAAAACGACAUAUAUGCAGCGUGUUUUUGACUAGCUUGAAGGCUGAGUUUCCCAAGGCGAAGAGAGAAAGCAUUUGUGAUGGCAGACGAUCUGUUUGAUGGAUUGCCCCCUCCUUCCUCAAGCACUCUCAUUCUUCCUCAACAACAACAACAUAAUCAUGAGCCAAUUCUUGUUGCUACCAACAACAACAACCCUGAAUCCUCUGCAGUUCCGGCUCCAAAGCCAAUCCUCAAAAGUGCCCUCAAGCGCCCCAACCCUACUCAACCCGACACCCAAGCUGCAGCACCUAAGAAAAGCUUGAAGUUCAAAACCACAACGGAUGCUUCUGAAGCACAAGUUAUUGAGGCCAUGCAGAAGAUAACUUCACACAUCAAGAACCCUGCAAAGUUCAGCAAGGCUGCAAAGCUUGCUAUACAGCUGAUUCAGGCAGGAAGUGUAAAGUCAGAAAUUAGUGAUUAUUUUUUUGCCAUAUUAGAAGCUGCAAUGUCAUCAUCCAUUAAUUCUACAGAUCCUUCAGUUCGGGCAGAUUAUCAUUCUCUGUUCUCCGUAGCUCAAAACACCAAAGAGCACCUCAAUAAGAAGCAAAAGAAUCAACUGGAAACUUGGACAAUUAAUGCUGUGGUGGCGAAUGAUUUAUAUACAGAUGACAGCUUUGUGUUUUCUAAAGCAGCUGGGCAAAUCAAGGAAGCUAUAUCUAAUCUUCCUGUUGCAACAGAAGAGGAGGACACAGAGGAAGCUAAGUCUCUGAAAGAUAGCACAGUUAUAGCAGAUGAAGGUGGUAAAACACCUGCCACUGAUAAUGAUAAUGAGGGGGAGGAAGCUCAAGCUGACCCAUUUGGACUUGAUGCUCUGAUUCCUAAUUCCACAAAGAAAGGUGAAAAAUUAAAGGCAAAGAAUGAGGCAUCUGUGAAAAUAAGGGAGGAUGAGGAAGAAACCAAUAGAUUCCUCAAGUCACAAAGAGAAGCCCUGAUAACUUGUUUAGAAAUUGCUGCUCGGCGUUAUAAAACACCCUGGUGUCAAACUGUAAUUGAUAUUUUAGUGAAGCAUGCCUUUGAUAAUGUGGCAAGAUUUACAGCUCGUCAGAGGGAUGCUGUUGGGAAAUUGUGGGCUUCAAUACGGGAGCAACAAACUCGUCGGAAGCAAGGGAAGUCAGUUAAUGGAAAACUUGAUGUAAAUGCUUUUGAAUGGCUUCAACAAAAAUAUGCUGGUGAAAAGAUUAGCAUUCGUCAUUCUGUUGGAGCUAGUGGAGACCGUCGUGCCCAACAAUGGCUUGGUUAAAUAUUCUUGUGACCUUUCUAUUAAAGUAAUAGAGAGGAUGAUGGCAACUGCAAAAUAGUUUAAAGGAGGGGAGAGGAUGCGUCCUCGUCAUUUCAUUCAGUGUUGUAACUUAGCUAGGUCUCAGACGUCGCUCUUGAUUGAAUAUCCACCAAACAAUUAGGAAGUGACUUCAAAAAAUGUGAUUUUUUUUAAUUUUUUUAUUUGUGCAGAUAUAAGUUGUUGAUUUGUUUUCAAAACACGAAAUCAUGUUUUGCGUAGUGUGCUCAGACAUCUAUUAACUAAAACAGUCUGAAUGGGAUUUGAUUCCGAAAUCACGGUGGUUGAAACAAACUGUUACAUGA